CGACAUGUCUUCCACAUUCUCUACUCCACUCCACCACUAACCCACUCUCUCUCUCUCUCUCUCUCUCUCUCUCUCUCUCUCUUUCUCUCACUACCUUUCCUCUUUCUAUUGGGCCCUCUGUUUCACCGGUGCCUGCAAAUCCAGCAGAAGCUUGACUGUUUCCCCCAUUUAUUAUUAAACCCUCCCUUCUCCUUCCUCUGCCUCUGCUCCCUCUCGCUUCCCACCACAGACUCCCUCUUUCCCUCCCCAAUCUGUUCUUCCCCCACUUCUCCUAUGGCUACCAUGUCCGUCGGAGACCCGGAUUCCUGGCUUCCACACAAGCCCGAGUUCACCUUCCCCUCCGAGUUCCCCUACGACUUCGACUCGUCCCCUGACUCUGACACCUGCGACGACGAGGACGACUUCUUCGCCGGUUUGACUCGCCGCCUCACCCAGCAACUCACCUUCAAGUCACCGGAGAACCGGGUUGUGGUCGGGUCGCCCGAGUCCACGCUCAACGGGUUGGGGAGCAUGUCGGUUUCCAGCAACGGCAGCCCCAACGGCGCCUUAUCUCCUACAACUACUCCGGCUCCAAUUGGUGCUAAGAACGACGCGUGGGAUCUGAUUUACGCCGCUGCAGGGCAAGUGGCGAGGCUGAAGAUGUCUCAGGGGAUUCCAUCUGGGUCGGUUUACUCCCUCGGCCAUAAUACCCCUCAGAUUCAGCAGUUGAGGCUAGAACAGGGGACUCCGAAGGGACAGUGGCCUUCAGUCUGGGAGAGACAACAACAACAACAACAGCAAGUGAAGGCCGCUGCCUGGCCGAAGCUUCCUCCUCCCCCGUCGCCGCCGCAGUCGCAGAUCUCGUGCGGCGGUGGUGUGUAUGACAACAGUAGAUUUGUUGUCCGGCCUCCUCCUCUGUCUCAGGCUCAGGCGCAGGCUUGCUGGCCUCCACUUCAAACGAAUCGCCCCCAGUACCCACAUAAUCAGACGGCGGGGAGUUUAAAUUCGGGGACGAGGGCGGCGGCAGGGUUUGUGGGAGUUGGAUAUGGUUCUACUAAUGGCGGUGCCGGUGCGAAAAAGGAGUGCGCUGGAACAGGGGUUUUCCUUCCGCGUAGAUACGGAAACCCUGUGCCCGAUUCGAAGAAGCAACCUUCUCCUGGGGUUAUCGUGCCGGCGAAGGUCGUCCAUGCACUCAACUUGAGUUUUGACGAGACGGCGACUUGUAACGGCCAGGGUCAGUCUCCAGGGUUUAACGCAUCCUUCGCCGCUGAUUAUGCGACUCUGCUGGCAAGAAGGAACUCGAUUUUGCAGCAGCAGCAGAAGAGAGCAAUGCAGCCAGAAAGUGGGUUCUUCAGCCAUGAAAUUGGGAGGCUGCCUCAGGAGUGGACCUAUUGAUUCAUUUCAAAGUGGAUGUUCUUUUGUUUUGGGGAGAAGGAAGCAGAGUAUAGCAACAAGAAGACGAAGAAGAAGGGUAGUAUUAGUAGUAGGGAAAAAGGUUAAAAGGUGGUUUUUUUUUGCCGUUUAAGGUAACAGUAAUAAGUUAUUGCUUAGUAAUAAGAAGGGCAUUUUGUUGGGUGGGUUUUAGUUUGAAAAGAGAGGGGCUGAAUAAGCAAAAAUCAAGUUCCUCUUAUCCUUUAUUUUGGGGUUUGAUUUUGAACCAGGCAGGCAGGAUAGUGAAGAUGAAGAAGAAAGAUGGGUAAUUCUGUUUGUAAUAAAGUGGGGUAUUAUGAUUAGUAAUAAAUAGUGGUGAGGGUAUUAUUUAAUUAAUUAAUAUUGGUUUGGGUGUGCUCAAAGAACUAGGGAAGGUUCUUUCUUAUCCAAGGGGAAAAGAAAGAACCAGUAGGCUCUGUUUCUGUUCUCACUAGGUUCAAGGCUGCAAACUGUAAAAACCAUGGGUUGCAGUUUCUGCAAUUUUCUGUUUACUUUUUACUGUGACAUUGUAAUAGACGGGUGAAAAAGGA